CUACACUCUAAUCUCUAUUUUCCUCUGCUUUCUCCUGAAUAAAAAAGCUGCCUUCCUCCAGCCAUUUUCCCUUUCGCAAUUGCCCUCAUAAAUGCUCUUCCUCCUACUACUCUGCUUCUCCUUGUCUCCGUAACCACUCUGCUUUUCAAAAUUCGCUCUGUUUCAUUGCUAUUCUCCCCUUUCCCGCAAUGCCUGGUGAGAAACUUCAAAUGGCUCCUCCUUCUUCCUUGAAUCUGAAGCCCCUCUUGAAGAAAGAAAUCCCACUCAUGCUGAGAGACUACCUAAGGGACGAUUUCAGUUCGUGUUCAUCCAACGGCUUCAAAUCCUUCCCCCGCCGCCAAUGCUGCCCCACCACCACCGUCCGAUUGCUACUCGAGUUCGACCUCCAAAAACCCAUUUCCAAACCUAACCACCAUUCCAAACCCAAGCCGCCGCUCUUCCACCAGAAAAACCGCCGAUCCACCGCCACUACCACCGUCUCCGCCUUCCACAGGGCGUCAGAGGCCGUCCUCAGAGCUGUCAAAUCUCUUCCUUUCCACCCCUCCUCCUCCGCCGCCGCCGCCGUCUCGGCGUCCGUUUCGCGGAAGAAAUCGCUCCGCAUCCCGCGGAGCCUCUCCCGGCGGCUCCUCCGGAAGAGCUUCUUCUGGCGGAAGGUCGACUCGAGCAGCAUUAAUGUUGACAAUGCCGGCCGAGAGGCCGCCGUUCGGGAAUCCGUACGGUGGAGAUCCUUCCGCGAGUUUCUCGAGGAGCAGGACCACGCAGAACCUCCGUCGGAGCAGGUUUCACACGCCGGGGCGGCUUCCCCUGCAGCUGUCGUCGGAAGGAUUUCGACGAGCAGCUCCAGCAACAGCCGGAGCAGGAGCGGGAGCGAAUUUACCGCGGAUAGCGGGGGUUCGGAGAGUUACAGCGGGUCAAACAACGACAGCGGUAAAAAUGAUUUACCGUCUCCCGGUGGUGACAUGGUCAGCGAAGGGCUAGCCGUAACAGCCGGCGAGGAGUCCACCGCGGCUUGUGCUACGGAAAUCGCCAAGGCAUGGACAAAUGAGGAGAAGGAGCAGUUCAGUCCAGUGUCUGUCCUCGACUGUCCGUUCAACGAUGAUGAAGAAGAUGAGGCUGAAGUCAACUCUCCCUUUCAUCGCCAAACCCUUGUUCGUGUUGAAGGGAACAACAAGGUGAUGAAAAAGACCAGGAGGUUCGACUGCCUGGCUCAGCUUCAGCCGCUGGACUUACAGAAGCGAAUCACCACCGUGAUCACUGAAGACUCCUCGUCGUCUUCGUCGGAAAACGAAUCAUCGUCGUCGUCAACUCCUGAUCAAUUGCCACCAGUACUUUACUCUCGACCUUGCACCUCCGGUGAACAAGUAGAAGAAGAGACGGUGAUGAUCACCACAAAAGCUCCCCACGAGUUGCUCAGCAUUGUCAAGGAAAGAGCAUCAAAGAGUACUAACUAUGGCUUGAUAUCGAAAGCCGAGCUCCUGCUUCUGGACUACUUCGAGGAGAAAUCAUCAUCAUCAACAGAGGAAGACUUGGAGGCAGUGGAGGAAUGGGUGAAUGGGGAGCCGAAGGAAAUGUUUGCCGGUUGGGAAGUGAAGGAGGGCAGAAGUUUGUACCUUAAACGUAUGGAGGAGGUUGAUGGAGAAUGGAGGAAUGUUGGUGAAGGGAAGGAAGAGGUAGGGUUCGAGCUGGAGCAUGAGAUCUUCACCACACUGAUUAAUGAAGUGCUUGAACUCUAGUAGUUAUGGUUGUUAAUUAGACUAUAUGGUAGUGGUUUUUCUUAAGUUGAUCGAUAAUUACAGUUAAUAAGGAGAUGUGUGGAGUCACUCUCAGUAGUAGUAUCUAGCUAUAUGGUGAUUAGGUAUUAUUGGGUUACCUAAAAAAGAAAAAAGAUUAGGUGUGUGGGGAUCUUUCUUCAGGGCAGUUUUAGUCUUAAAAAAAGUUUGUAGCUGUGGGAAAGAAUGACUAAAGCUACCAUGAGGGUAAGAAGAUACAUCAGUUGUAUUGAUUAUUAAUGUUUGUAGUUUGUACUUUCUUUCACCUUGAAAGAUUGACUUUUGAGAAAAUUGAAGUAGUAGUAUCAUGUUUUAUAGUUAGUUUGUGAUUUUCGUUUAAAUAUAAGGUGAUACAAUGA